ACGCUCUAACUAAACCCGUCUUCUUACUUGGACUUUAGGUAUAACCCACCGCACAAGAAAAAAUAUGAGUGGAAGAGCUCUUGUGAAUGGAUGCCGCAGAAGGACAUCACUGCUUCCCUUCCCCCCUUUCUUCUCCAUCAUCAAAUCCCUUUCUUCUUCCACUACGCAAAUUCAAUCGCCUUCCCACUCCAACCUGCUCAGGCUCCUCCGCAAUGAAAUCCAAUACCACCAUCAUUACGCACCCCCACACCAGCCUGUUACAGAGUUUGAUGGAUUUAUGGUAGAAGAUCGACCUGGUGAGCAGUGGAUCACAUUAAGGGGCAAAUCAGCUAAGGAUGAGAAUAUUAAAAUUGAAGCAACAAUGUUCGAUGGUUCCAUCAUUGCUCCAAAAUCUUGUGGUGAAAAUUUGCGUCUUCACAUAAGUGUGCUAGUUGAUAUUUGGAAAGGAGAAGGCACUGAUUUAAUGGAGUUUGUGUGCUCAGCAUGGCCCGAUUCUUUGGAAAUUCAGAAAGUUUACAUAUUCAGGCAUGGCAAAUCUCCAGCUCAGCCUUACAUGGGUCCUCAGUUUAAGAUUUUGAACACUGAACUCCGGACUGGAUUUUACGAGUUCCUGAAGACAAGGGGGGUAAAUGAUGGUCUUUCCAAGUUUUUGCAUGAUUAUAUGAUGAACAAAGACAGGAUUGAGCUUAUGCGGUGGUUGGGGAAGGUCCAAUCAUAUUUCGAAAAAUAGUUAGAUUUGUAUACAGAUAAGAUUUAGCCCUUUUUUAUGUUUCUGGCAUGGGUUACAUUUUGCGGAUUGUUCCUCUGAACUAAGAUGUAAUGUAGUCCAAGCAUGUGUGGAUUAAAUUACAAAUUAUGCUGAUAAGAAUACAGAGCA